AUGGUCCUCGUCGACGGCCGCGAGUACCUCACCGAGGAGGAGAAGCGUCUCAAGGAGGAUCGCACGCGGGAGAAAUACUGGAAGAAAUGGGGUCCCUACGUCUCGGAGCGCCAGUGGGCGACAGUGCGUGAGGACUACAGCCACGAUGGCGACGCAUGGAGCCACUUCCCCCACGAACACGCACGAUCGCGUGCCUAUCGCUGGGGCGAGGAUGGUAUCGCCGGUGUUUGCGACACUCACGGACUCGAGAACAUUGCUUUCGCUUUUUGGAACGAGAAAGAUCCCUUCCUCAAAGAGCGCCUCUUCGGCCUGUCCAACCCCCAAGGCAAUCAUGGCGAGAGCAUCAAGGAAGCUCACUUUCACCUCGAUAACACCCCACAUUCUUACAUGAAGUACCUGUACAAGUACCCCCAGGCCCCUUUCCCAUAUGAAGAUCUUCUCAAAGAGAACGCGCGCCGCGGCAAGCAAGACAAGGAGUACCAGAUCCUCGACACCGGCGUCUUUGCCGAGGAUCGUUACUGGGAUAUUUAUAUUGAGACCGCCAAGGAGGACGACGACCCGGAUGCCCUCAUUUUCCGUGUCACGGCAUGGAACCGCGGCCCGGACCGUGCACCUCUCCACAUCAUCCCGCAUCUGUGGUUCCGCAACACGUGGGCAUGGGGCCGCGAAAAGCCCGAGGACAAGCCGUCCAUCGAGGUCUGCGACGACAACCUCGUCAAGUCCAGCCACCCCGUCCUGGGCGACCGAUACAUGCUGCUGGCGCCCUCGCCUGGUGUUGGUCCCAGCGACCAGGAUGUCCAGCCCGAGCUGCUGUUCACCGACAACGACACCAACUUUGCAGCCCUCUACGAGGGCAAGAACGAGUCCACCUACGUCAAGGAUGCCUUCCAUGACUAUAUUGUGGACGGCAAGAAGGAGGCCGUUAACCCGGCCAAGACCGGCACCAAGUUUGCCGGUUGGUUCUCGUUCAACGAGGACGGCGGCGUUGGUCCCGGCGAGUGCGCCGUUGUCCGUUUCCGCUUCUCCAAGCGCGACGAGACCUUCCUCGACGAAGAGGAGGUCGACAACAUAAUCGACACCAAGCGCCAGGAGGCCGACGAGUUUUACUACCGAAUCAGCCCCAUGCCCAUGUCCGACGACAUGCGCAACGUCCAGCGACAGGCCUUCUCCGGCAUGAUGUGGUGCAAGCAGCACUACCUGUUCAUCUGGGACCAGUGGGCAAACGGCGACCCGACCCAGCCGCCGCCGCCGCCGGAUCGCAAAGCGAUUCGAAACAGCCAGUGGAAGCACAUGCACUGCGACGACAUUCUGUCCAUGCCUGAUUCGUGGGAAUAUCCCUUCUUUGCCGCCUGGGACUCGAGUUUCCACUGCAUCACCCUGGCUAUGAUCGACCCCGAGUUCGCCAAGAAACAGCUCGAUCUGUACACGCGCGAGUGGUACUGCCAUCCCAAUGGACAGCUGCCGGCCUACGAGUGGAACUUUGGCGAUGUCAACCCGCCCGUCCAUGCAUGGGCCACGUUCCGCGUCUUCAAGAUUGAGCGCAAGAUCUACGGCCGCCAGGACCUUGACUUCCUCGAGCGUGUCUUUCAGAAGCUGCUGCUCAACUUCACUUGGUGGGUCAACCGCAAGGACGCAGACGGCAAGAACGUGUUCGAGGGUGGCUUCCUGGGCCUUGACAACAUCGGUUUGUUCAACCGGUCGGAGCCGCUGCCCACGGGUGGUGUCCUCGAGCAGGCCGACAGCACGGGCUGGAUGGCAUUUUACUGCCUGAGCAUGCUCAACAUCUGCCUCGAGCUGGCCAAGUACCGCCGCACGUACGAAGACAUGGCCACCAAGUUCUUUGAGCACUUUAUUCUCAUCAGUGACGCAAUGACAUUCCGCAUGGGCGAGAAGGACGAGUCCUCGCUGUGGAACGACGAGGAUGGCUUCUACUAUGAUGCCAUCUCAUGGGGUGGACCCUGGAUUCAGCAGCUGCCUGUGCGGUCGCUGGUCGGUCUGAUCCCCAUGUACGCUACGAUGACGCUGGAGCCGGAGCUGGUGAACCGCCUGCCGACCUUUAAGCGCCGUGUCGAGUGGUUCAUCAACAACCGCUGCGACGUUGCCGAGCGCAACAUGGCAUCCAUUCGCAAGCGCGGUAAGGGCGACCGCAUUCUGCUGUCCAUUGUUAGCAAGGAGCGCCUGGUGCGCCUCCUUGAGCGUAUGCUGGACGAGGACGAGUUCCUCAGCCCCCACGGUAUCCGCUCGCUGUCCAAGUACCACAAAGACCAUCCGUACUCGAUGGAUGUGAAUGGCCAAAAGUUCUCCGUCGGCUACAUUCCCGGCGACUCGGACAGCGGCCUUUUUGGCGGCAACAGCAACUGGCGCGGCCCGGUUUGGAUUUGCGUCAACUACCUGCUCGUCGAGUCGCUGCAACGCUUCUACAUGUUCUUUGGCGACACGCUCAAGGUCGAGUGCCCUGUCGGCUCGGGUGAUAUGAUGCACCUGGGCCACGUGUCCGAGGAGCUUCAGCACCGCCUGCAGCACCUGUACGUGCGCAAUGACGACGGCCGCCGCAGCAUCAACGACGGCAACGACCUGCUCGAUUUUGAUCCGCUUUGGAAGGACAACCUGUGGUUUUACGAAUUCUUUGACGGCGACUCGGGCCGUGGUCUCGGUGCCACGCACCAGUGUGGCUGGACAAGUCUCAUUGCGCGCAUGAUCCACGAUACAGGCGCCGGCAUGAACCAUUACUUUGACGACAUCUUCGACCGCUACGAAAAGGCGGGCACCCCGCACUCAUCGGGUUCCAUGCCGCGCAUCCGCCGCUCGUCGACAGCCCGCUCGCUCGGUGCGCGCAGUGACUUUCUCAUUGGCACCGACGGCGAGUCGGAAACCAACGACGGCGAGCUGGGCCAUGAUUACCCAGAGAAUGGUGUUCAUGGUGCCAAUGGACAAAACGGCGAUGCUGUCGAGGACGGUGAUCCGCGUUCACGCAUGAGCCGCCGUUCGUCGCGGUCGGGCUCCAUGUUCUUCCACAACCCGGAGCGCGUGCGCGAGCGCGCCGAGGCGGACCAGCAUCUGAACAAGUACAUUGCUGAUCAGCUGCAGCGCUACAAGAGCUCGCAGAGCCUCGACAGCUACGAGCAAGGUAACGAGUAUGAGGCACAGGCAGACAAGGAAUAA